ACACCACUACCAUCACGCCACCAACCCUCUCUCUCACAGUCUCACACACCACCAGUAACCAUGGCACCCGCACUCCUUGUCGAGACCCCUAGCUCCUCAGGUGGUUGUACAUGUUCCCCUGGUCGAUCUGCAGGCGUCCAGAAGAUCACUACUACCCCUUCAUCACCUCCGGACAGUCCGUGUGGCUUCGAAGCCCUGUGCCAUCCAUUAGAGGAAUCCAUCACGAAACAGGUUGAUGGAUGGUUUUUGGCUCAUUGGCCGUUUGCCACCGCCAAGGACAGGAAGAAGUUCGUAACUUCUGCCUUCUCGCAAGUCACUUGUCUUUACUUUCCCCUUGCCAAAGACGACAGGAUUCGCUCUGCUUGUGAACUUCUGACCAUCUUGUUCCUCAUCGAUGACAUCCUGGAAGAUAUGUCCCUGGAAGACGGGGCCGCAUACAACAACCACCUGAUGCCGAUCAUGCGAGGUGAUGUGUUGCCGGACCGCAAGAUCCCUGUGGAAUGGAUGAUGUACGACUUGUGGGAGCACAUGCGAGCCCUUGACAAGGAGCUCGCAGACGAUGUUCUCGAACCCACCUUCACCUUCAUGCGGGCGCAGACCGAUAAAGACCGGCUUUCUAUCGUUGGCAUGGGACCAUACCUCGUCUAUCGGGAGAAAGACGUGGGCAAGGCGCUGCUCUGCUCCUUGAUGAGGUUCUCCAUGGGCCUCCAUGUGACGCGAGAAGAGCUUUCCGCCGUCGUUCCGAUUGAGCAGAACUGCGCAAAGCAUCUUUCCGUAGUCAACGACAUUCUGAGCUGGGACAAGGAGCUCGCUGCUGCUCAAACGGGCCACGUCGAAGGAUCUGCUGUCUGCUCGGCUGUGCAGGUUCUGUCCGACGAGAGCUCACUGCCUUACUCGGCUGCCAAGCGCGUCUUGUGGGUCAUGUGUCGCGAGUGGGAAUCGCAGCACGCUGUGUUGAUGGACGAACUCCGACAGUCCUGGGGCUCGCCACUGAGCGAGAGUCUCCUGACGUACAUCAAGGGCUUGGAAUACCAGAUGAGUGGAAAUGAGCUCUGGAGCAAGACCACCUUGAGAUACAACUCUCCCAGCGAUGUUGUAUCUCAUGCACGAUCGAGACCAGGUCACUGCCCCAAAUGUGAUGUGACGUUGACUGCCAAUCACGCCAAGACUCCCCCAAAAGGGGCAAAAGGGAGAGCUUUGGCUCUGGUUGUUUCUGGAAUUGAACAGAACGGCCAAGGAGAAAAGGUGCAAGCCUCUUCAGACUAA